UGCAAGGACGGCGACCGGUUAUUUCUCCCCCCUCCCCAGGGUGCGGAGGAUUUCCCCGACUGCUGCAUCCUGAUCCUCAGGCUUCUGCCUGCAGCCUUCCACGCGUCGGGAGCGCCUCUAGUUUCUCUGGUUGUUGGAAGCGUACUUACAAAACCCUCCUAACGAAAAUUUGGUCACCGUCGGCCUGACCAAACCAACGUGUUUUUCCGCUCGUAAAAAAGAAAGGGGGCAUCGAUGUGCUGCUGGACUAAAUUACUCUUGUCAGCCUCUGGCCGUGAGGCUUCCGUUUUCCUCCUACUUUGUAGUGCUUCAUGCCGGUUCCGAUUCGCUCGUCUGUCGGAAAAGCGGUACCGGCAGCCUCUCUUGAGCUCCGUUACUGUAGCGUCCUUUCUGAUAUAACGCAUUACAGUUGAACCGCAUUAGCGUAUGCCAGUACAGCAGGCAUGAAAUUCCUGUACUGCUCUUAUUUUUUCUAUUCAAAAAGCAAGCAGAACUCUCCAGAAAGUGUUGGAAGUUGGAGGCACUACUGGAAAUUUUGUAGUUAGGUAUCUGUUUUUUUGUUUCAGGGUAGAGUUCAGAAAAGACAGUAAGUAUAUUGUAACGCGAAGUGUGUAUUUUCAAAAACGUAAUGCAGAAUAAGCAUGUUACAAUUUUACAGUAGAAUGUUUUGCUAGAGAUCAGAUAUGCUUUUGUACUUUAAUAUUUCUCCCUUCCAUGAGUAGAUGUUGGUUAUACAGGAUUGUGGAAAGAAUUGGUGUUAACUGUGAGCGUGGGAAUAAUAAUCUUUCUUCCAGGAGAAUUCUUAUAUUUCACUUACACGUAUAGAGCCCAUAAUAGUUUUCUUGCCCUUCAGAAUUUUGCAUUCAGUUUUCCCAGUCAAGGUAACUAAACUCCUUAUGGUUUUCUUUCAUCAUUCCAUGUGAAUUACACUUAUGUGUGAGAGUUUUACUGGCAUUCCUAAACCAGCAUAGUUUUGAAGGUGUCAUUAGAUGAUAGCUAUCAAGAAAAGCUUGUGGUUUAAAAAAUAUAUAUUGAAUGCUUCCUUUUUAAAAUUAACUACAUUCAUGGAAAUGGCUUGAUUAAAUGAAUUUCUUUUGCUUAUAUGUGUUCUCUCUGUAAUGUGACUUUUUUUUUUUUUCCCCCCCCUCUUAUCUGACUUACUUCAAAUACUGUGUUGGCAGCAGUCUGAGUUACCAUUAGAGUAUAAAUUUAAACAGGUGGUUUACAAAACUUUAGGUAGGUGCAACUGUAUCAGCUUUAAAGCAGGUUAUAUUGCCCAGACCACGGGGUUGCAUGAACUGAGGCACAACCAUAUAGCUCGCAGUGUAACUUUUCAGACUGUUUUUCACAUUAUUUCCUGUCCCAUCACCCAGUGAAACCAAUAUAAAGAAAAGAAUGGAGAACCAGAAGGGUAAAACAGUAGUGAUCUCUUCUGUCUGUGGUGGUGUCAUGAAUGCACUUUGGGUUUGAGUAGCAGGUGAAAUUGAUUAGAUGACUCACUGUAAACUAGGGGUAAAGAGGAAUGAAUACGAACAGGUUUGCUGAAAUGCUUUCCAAUGCCGUUUUGACACACCCAAAAUGUUACUUCUCCACAUCGAGAUAAAGGUAUUUAGAGCGUAUGUGUUAUAAGAAUUGCGUAUUAGUGUCUUUGUAUUCCAAUAUGUAACUACUUUUUUUUUUUUUACUUGCAGAGUCAACUGUUCAUUUUAUUUCAAAAUUGGAGCUUGUCGUCAUGGAGACAGGUGUUCUCGGUUGCACAACAAACCAACAUUUAGCCAGACAACUUGAUUUUAAGAAGAACGGUACAAAUACCAUCUUGAUUCAAAACAUCUAUCGUAACCCCCAAAACAGUGCACAGACGGCUGACGGCUCACACUGUGCUGUGAGCGAUGUUGAGAUGCAGGAACAUUAUGAUGAAUUCUUUGAGGAGGUCUUCACAGAAAUGGAAGAAAAAUAUGGUGAAGUUGAGGAGAUGAACGUUUGUGAUAACCUUGGAGAUCAUCUAGUUGGAAAUGUAUACGUAAAGUUUCGCCGUGAAGAGGAUGCGGAGAAGGCUGUGAUUGACCUGAACAACCGCUGGUUUAAUGGACAGCCCAUUCAUGCUGAGCUUUCACCUGUGACUGACUUCAGAGAGGCCUGUUGCCGUCAAUAUGAAAUGGGAGAGUGUACACGAGGAGGUUUCUGCAACUUUAUGCAUUUGAAGCCCAUUUCUCGAGAGUUAAGACGCGAGUUGUACGGGCGUCGUCGUAAAAAGCAUAGAUCCAGGUCGAGGUCCCGUGAACGUCGGUCUAGAUCCAGAGAUCGUGGUCGUGGAGGUGGUGGUGGUGGAGGAGGAGGACGUGAACGUGAUAGGAGGCGGUCAAGAGAUCGUGAAAGAUCUGGUCGAUUCUGAGCCAUGCCAUUUUUACUGUAUGUCUGCUAGAAAGUGUUGUAGUUUGACCAAACAAGUUCAUAAUGAGAUUUUUUUUAAAGAUGGGCUUCUGAAUAAAAAAUUUGUAGUGAUACAGUAUUCUUUGUGUAACUUGUUUCUUGUGGGGGGAGUCUUUUUAACUGUCAUUCCUCUAUCUUGACAAAUACCUGGAUUGACUAUGCCUGAGGGAAAGGUGGUAAAUGUAUUGGAGGAGCGCCAGUUUUGGUUUUUGGGGUUUUUUUUAUUUGGGUAUAAUUUGAACUGUUGAUGAAAAUGUGUGUGUAUAUAAUAUAAAAUAUUAUAUACAUAGUAAAAAUAAUAUACUGCUUAAGAAACAGUUACUCACAUAAGUUUCCCUUUUCUGCUAUGCUGUCUGCUUAUUUAGGUUAGUUUAGGCACAUUUAAAAGGAAGGCUGUGCAAAAUGCAUUUAUUUACCAAGUAGAAACGCUUAGUUACAAAAAUGUAUGUUUGUUUGUUACCAGAAGUCUGUGCUCUGUCUAUCAAUGUGACUGUGGCAUUUACAAUAAAUCCAAUUUCUUGGUGUAAAAUCUAAAGCCUAUUUUCUAAGCACUCUGGAGUAGUUGAGUUGCUACUCCUGGCUGUGCCAGAGUUCAUAGUUCAGUUUUUUGAUGAUCUUGACUAAAUUUCUUGUCUUUGGCUGGAAAGAAAGUUGCCUAGUACAGUGUGGAAAAAAAAGUAAUAUUUUUAUUGCAAUGAUUAAUAAUAGGCAGGUGAGGUUUUUUAAAAAACUCAUGCUCCAUGCAACAUGAUACAUAGGAUCUAUUGAAGGAAAUGCAAGGUCCUAAAUACAAGGACCAAAUUUCUUA